UCUCUCGCUCUCUCUUUUUCAGCACAAAAAAGAAGCUUGCUUUGUUCUCUCAAAGCAUAAUUAGGCACCAACAAUGAAUACUCCAUCAGGGUUUAAGCUUUUCUUGCUCUUGGCUCUUUUCACCACCUCAUGCAUGGCACAAGCCCCUGCAGCCACCCCAAAAGUCUCACCCACAGCUACACCUACUCCAGCACCCUCCAAAACUCCUGUACCAGCUCCGGCGCCUCAUGCUCCGGCUCCGGCACCUCAUGCUCCGGCUCCGGCUCCAACUCCCAUCACCACACCAACCCCAGCACCUGCCCCUUCUACCACUAAAACCCCCUCCCCUGCACCCUCUGUGGUUUCACCCCCAGCACCUACCCCAGAAGCCGGCACUUCUCCAGAAGCCAGCACUCCUGGGGCAGCCGGGCCCUCGGCUGAGGCACCACCUUCACCAAGUGGCUCCUCCCUUCAGGGUUGGGCCAGCAGGGCCGUUAUUGGUGGAACUGCGGUCAUUGGAACACUCAUCGCCGUGGCUUUGAUGUAAGAGCCACUGGGGGGACACGUGGAGGCUCAUUGACGUUUAGAUCUGCACUUCGAUUCUUAUGGACGGUUGAGAUUUAUUUAUUUUCACCUUUGUUGCAUUGAGUAGUAUUUUUCUUUUCCUUUUUUUUUUGUUAUUUUGGGAUAUAUUUGUCUUGUUAUUAUUAUUUUUUUCCAUUUGUUCUCACAUUCGGGGAUUUGACUUAUUAGGCCCGAUCAUUUGUGUUGAUUAUUCGGGUGAUACAUGACUCUUGUGUUGAUACUUUCAUAUUUCUAGACGAGUCCCGUGUACAUGAAAUAAUUUUUAUUCA